AUGCAGCAGCAGCAGCAGAGAAUGCACCACCACCACUUGCUGCUGAACACAUCCCCCAACCAACCAACCAGCCAACCAACCAACCAACCAACCCAUCGCCCGCUGCUGCUGCUGGCAGAAGCUGGCUGUUUGCUGCUGGUAACAGGUGGCGACAGCACAAGUUGCAUUUUCGGCUGGAAGCAGCAGCAGAGGCCAUGCACACUUACAGGCAGCAAGAUGAGGGAAAUGUCGAGGAUACUUGUCACGCAUGCCAGCUGCACUCGCCUCACACAUGGUGGUGAGGUACCAGCACACAUCAGGAUGUUGGUGGAAGCGGGCUCGCAUGCCGGAUGCUGCUGCUGCAACUUUCCCGAUUCAGCUGUCGCUGUUGUACUCAUGCAGUGUUCCCACAUGUCAGCAAGGCAAGGGGAGCGACUGCCUGAGGAUCGUUGGAGGAUGAUGAUGGGCGGUGCACACAUGAUGGAAUGGGAGGAGCAGCUGUGGGCACGCACGUCCAUGGUCAUGGUGGGCACAUCCAACCACAGUGACGCAGUCAUCUCGGCCGUCACCAUCAUCGCCAUCAUCGCCAUCGACUGCACAGCCGCCAUCACACUCCGGCCGACACCAGCUCCAAUCAGGCGUGAGGCAGACAUUGCACAUGUCACUCGCUCUGACGAAGACGUGAGCAAUGCGCGUGAGGCACAUGAAGCUGUGGAACCAACGACGAUGACGAUGACGAGUGCUGAAGGCCCAUGUAUUCCAUCUCCAUCCAACCGACCAACCAAGCAGCCGAGCGAGCGAGCAAAGGACACGGCGUGGCAAGGGGCCCAACAGCUGAUGGCUGGCUGCAUUGUGGAUGAACUGGCCCUCUGCCUCUCGUCCAUCUCCUGCUCCUCCUCCUCGUCACUGGUCACCAACAGCAGCGGCUGCGGCCAUGGAUGUGGAGGGUGUGAUGUGCGUCUAUGUGCCGUUGCCUCACAUGACGUUGACGAUGAUGGUGGACGGAGGCCGUUCUCUUCCCAAGUCCUCAUGACACGACCAGGGCGAUACACGCACGCACACACAAAUGUGCCAGAGAAGAAGGCACCAG